AUGUCUGAAGGCAAUCCGCGGGGCGUGGAAGGCGGCGCGGGGGACGGCACUACUGGCAAUGUUCAGGGUGAUAUAAAUCCUGAGCUUUCGUGCAGAAUUUGGUUCAGUGUGUCAAGCCUAGGCUUCACCGCGCAACCUGAUUGUGUCAAAUUGGUUUGGCUUUCUCUUCUCAUGGAUAUUGACGAACCAAGAACUCCGAAGCUUGCAGAUAUGCUAUCCAGAGGAUCCCAUAAGCAUUUGUGUAAAGUCUGCACUAAGAACUUCCGUUCAGGGAGGGCUCUUGGAGGUCACAUGUCGUGCCACCGGCAUGCUGGCAUGCAGCAAAGGAGCACACCUUGCCCUCCUGCCAUUGUUGUUGAUGUACCUGUGUCGCUGCUGGGUCCCAGUGAUGAGAAGCCUUCACUGCCAUGUUUGGAAACUCAAUGGUGGCACCUCUCACAGGAGUUCUCUACCAACCAAUCUCUGAGGGGGAACAUGAGGAUGCACAGUGAGAAGAAGGUGAUGGCCAAGCCCAACGAAGAACCAGCUGGGCUGAUGGAAGCUUCGGCCAAUGCUAAUGGUGAUCAUGGGCACCAUGAGAUGCUAUUUUCUCCAGUGAAGCGUAAGCGAUCAAAGAGGGGCAUGCCAGCACUCGAUUCAGAGAUGUGUGCUGCAGAUGCUCUCCUGAUGCUUGCAAAGUAUUCUGACAAGAGUUAUGCUUAUGAGGAUUGCUGUGGGGGAGAUAACAACGACAACAUUUCAACGCCCAAUUUGUUGAAGGAGGUGAAUCUGAACGCUUUUGAUCAACUGGUUCAAUCUGAUGAGUUCACAAAUAGCACGAGGCUCAAGUCUGACAAGAAUUCAGCUUAUGAGGGUUUCUAUGAACACACUGAGCAGGAAAGCAGUUUGAAUUUGGCUGCUGAUGUUCCCAGGAAGAUGGUGCUGCUGAAUGUGUUCGAUCAUGGGCUGGUAGAUGGAAAUGCUGAGUUCAUGAAGCCAGAGGCUGACAUUUCAGUUGAGGAGGUGAAGUCUGGUAACCUUGCAGCUGCAGUGAACAUCAAGAGAUACCAGUGCAAGGUCUGCGGAAAGUUAUUAAGGUCAGGGUACUCAUUGGGUCGCCACACGAGGUUACACUGCGAGAAGGAAAACAGUUUGAAUUUGGUUGCUGAUGUUCCCAAGGAGGUGCUGCUGGAUGUAGAUGAUGAAUUCAUGAAGCCAGGGGCUGACAAUUCAGUUGAAGAAUUGAAGUCUGGUGACCUUUCAGCUGCAGUGAACAUCAAGAGUUACCAGUGCAAGGUCUGUGGAAAGUUAUUAAGGUCAGGACGAGCAUUGGGAGGCCACAUGACGUCACACUUACAGCGUGGGCAGGAGAACACUUCGAAUUUAGUUGCUGAUGUUCCCAAGACGGAGAUGCUUCUGAAUGUGUUUGAUCAUGGGCUGGAUGUAGAUGCUGAUUUCAUGAAGCCAGGGGCUGACAUUUCAGUUGAGGAGUUGCAGUCCAGUGACCUUUCAGCUUCAGUUAACAUCAAGAGACACCACUGCAAGGUAUGUGGAAAGGUAUUAGGGUCAGGGCACGCUUUGGGAGGACACAUGAGGUUACACUAUGUCCGGAAGUGCAAUCUUCACCAAGGAGUUGCUGAUUGUACUAAUUCUACUAUGAUGGAAGAGCAAAUGCAGAAGCUUGAAUUGAAAUCUCCCAUCUUUUAUCGACGGAGACCACGUUCACAUUGGAGCGGAAUCUGAUUCUGAGCAUUAGUUUGUAGUGAACAACCUUCAGCAGGCUGAGGCCAAAGCUGGUUCCACAUGUUGUCUGAAACUGAUAGCAAUUCAGUUGUCCAUAGGCUCAUUAGUAGUCAGGAAACAAAAGAACUCCAUUUCAUCUGCUGUAGUCUGUAGAUAGGGAAGGCAAGGAUCUUAGGCCACUCCUUGGUUGCGAAACACUGUAGAAGU